UGGGCACAGAGGAGAGGAGCAGCCUCCACAGAGACAGGGGCUGUGUGCCAAGCAGGGCCGCGCCCUCCAGGGCUAGAGUCACAGUCUCAGCCAGAGGGCCCUGCUUCCCCCUGUCCAGGCCUCUCACCUUCCAGCCCAGACUGGGGAUUUCUCACUUUAUCCACCUCAGGUGCUGGAAGAAUCGGGCCCAGCUGCUGGUUCCGUCUCCUGGACCCCCACCCCCACCCCCGCCAUGUCCUCUCCCACCAGCGCACUGGAAAAGGGCCUUGUGGCCUGGAAAGCCCCUCUGCCACCACUGCUGCUGCUGCUGCUGCCACUUUCAGGCUCCUGGGCGCUCUCAAAGGCUCAUCAUCUUCAAAGCGUGGCAGGGCAGACCCUCUCCCUGAGAUGCCAGUACCCACCCAAGAACGGGCCCUACGAGAGGAAAGGCUGGUGCAAGGAGGUGUCCGAGCUCCUGUGCACUGGGCUGGUCACCAGCUCCAGGCCCCACAUGCUGGCUCAGGCCUCUCGGUUCUCAAUCUGGGACAGCCCGAGCUCUGGCUUCUUCGUGGUCACCAUGACGGGUCUAAGGGAGGAGGACACGGGACACUACUGGUGUCGAAUCUACCCCACUUCUGGCUACUCUGUCUCCAAGUCCGUGAGGUUCCAUCUGGCCGUGUCUCCAGCCCCUGCCUCCACGCAGGCCACCCAGGCUCCCCAGAACCCGGUCUCGUCUCAGACCCAGAGCUGUACCUCCUCCACGGUGGCUUCCUCUGCCAUCGCUGCCCUUUCACAGCAAGAAAACUCCACCCUCGGCUCCAGCCCUGCACCCCCCAAUGCCCUGGCCCCCCUGCUCUGCGGGUUCUUCCUGACGAAGGGCCUGGUGCUGUCAGCCCUGCUUGUCCAGGUCUUAAGGAAUCGCCUCGUGCAGUGUAGACGGAGGUCUCUGAGGCGCCUGGCUGGGCUCAGUCCCCAGGCCUCUGAGCGCUUCCUGAGGAGCCUCAGGACCCAACGAGAACGGCCAGCCUCGCCCAAGGCCCCAGGAGCUCCUCCCUCAUCCUUGAGCUCGGAGUUCCCAGCGGAGGCCGAAGCCUGGCUGAACUCGACCCAGCGCCCCGCCCGCGGUCGGGAGCCGAGGAUUCCCCAGACUCCGCCUCCUCCCCAGACUCUGCCUCCUCCCCAGGUCCCCGCUCGCUCCGCGCGCGCUCACUUUGCACUGGGCCAGGCGGUCCACAGCCCGGGGAGCAUCUCUCCACUGAGCCCUGAGUCGGGGCCUCCAAUGCUGCCGGGUCGCUGAUUUCCCCUCCCUUUCUCCUUCCUGGAGCCCCAGAGCUCAACCUCCCCUUGCUCACCACCUUCUACAGGCCUUCUCUGUUCUUCCCCCCGCCCCCCAAAAUAAAAUGUUUUUAUU